AGAACCUGCUAUUAGAGAUACAGUGUGUAGGGUGGACUAGAUGGCUUAUUUUACUACAUAUGAUUAAUAAGUGGAAUGACUGCAUCGUUAUUUUACAACAGCCUACAAUACAAAACAAACAAAAAAGCAAAUAUAUUGGGUGAUCAUAAUUCUGGAAGGUUGUAAUUGCAUCAGCAUGUUUAUGCAGUGCUCCCUGAGAAAAUAUGCAUGCAUGUGCCUCACAGCUGGCAUUGAGCUGAAAGUGUCAAUGAGUUGAUUUUUCCCAACAGCAAAUGGUUUUGCUUAAGUGCUGACCACUGCCAAAAAGAUGUUGCACUCCCCCAUGUGAAGCAGGUCUAACUGCGCUCUGGCUCCUCCUAUGGUAUCUUAAACGUCCACCAUGAAGAGGAAGUGGAUUAAUUGCACUCUUUGAAAUCACCAUUGGUGGACUUGGUGCUGCCAAGCAAUUGCAAACAUAGAUCACACAGACCUUUCAAUUUGUUAAUAAAGGUUGAUGCACUAAAUUCUACUCAAGAAAUCAUCUGCAAUGGAUAAAAUGAAUGAGCUGUGGAAUUCAACAGCUUUCACAGACAAUGUCUACAUAUCAAAACGAAGUAUUAGAAAGAUUCUCACCAGCAAGAGGCAUUAUCUGCCUGUGGAGAGUAACAUUACUGACACCAUGAAAAUGAGUUCUAAUCUACCCAGGGAAGAGGACAUCAGUACUUCUACCAGUUGCGAUGAAAGAAAAACAAAAAAAUUACGAAUCCAAGAGAGUUCAAGGACUCAAGCUACAUGCCACCUUCCUGAGAAAUUUUCUGAACAAUCCUAUGAAAAGGUGAGAGAAGUUGAUAUAACUGAUGUGAAGGCUGAGCCUGGAUCUGAUUCCCGACUGAAUUAUGAGCACUUGGAAGCGACCAGCAUCACAAACGUGAAAGUGAAACAGGAGGUGGAUAUCACUGCACCAUGUGAACUGGCAGCGAUUCCAAGAGAUCAGCAGGAGACUGUGGGGGAUGAAUGCGAGGCUGAGGGAAACGAAGCGGACAGCCUGAACUCUUCUCAGAAGCAGGUUUUAAAAAAUCAUCAAUCAAUUGUCUUUGCAGGCAUGAAGAAGCGAGGAACGGAGGGAGACAUGGAAAACCGUCCGUACAAGUGCCCGUACUGCAGCUGGGCUUUCAAAAAGUCCAGCAACCUGUUGAGCCACAUCAACACUCACCAAGGUCUUAAACCACACGUUUGUGACCUGUGCGGGAAGGCUUACUCGCAUCAAGGUACUCUUCAGCAGCACAAGCGGCUACACACUGGCGAACGACCGUACCAAUGCCCCUUUUGUGAGAAGAGCUACAUUUGGUCCUCUGACUUCCACAAACACAUCCGAACGCACACCGGAGAGAAGCCAUACAUCUGUGAGGAAUGUGGCAAGGAUUUUGUGCGUUCCUCAGACCUGCGGAAGCAUGAGCGCAACAUGCACACCAACAACAAGCCGUUCCUCUGCAAGCAGUGCGGCAAAACCUUCAACAAACCCCUGUCUCUUCUCCGUCACGAGCGCACGCAUUUGGGUGAGAGGCCCUUUGUUUGUCCGGAGUGCGGGAAAGCAUUUGCCCUGGCCAGUCGCAUGACAGAGCACAGGAAAAUCCACAGCGGCGUGCGUCCCUACACCUGCUCUAUUUGCUCCAAAGCUUUCACCAAGUCCUCCAACCUCGCUGAACAUCUCACAGUUCACAGCGGAGUGCGGCCACACAAGUGCUCAGAGUGUGGGGUGGCAUUCGCCACGGCGUCCCGGCUAGCGCGACACCAGCGUAUUCAUGCAGCUGUACGCUCCGAUCACUGCAAAAGCUGCGAUAUGUCAUUCAGCAACCUUGCGGCACUUGGGAAGCAUCAGAAGCAGCAUGGAGAAGGCACAAUCUUUGUAUGCGGGCAGUGCAGUAAAUCUUUCCCCCAGGAUUCCCUGCUUACAGAACACAUGCAAAGCCAUGCUGAUGCUGCGAUCUGCAUUACCUAAACCUACCCAUUUCACACUGAAGUAACUGGAGGAUAGCAAGACACAAGACUAAUUCCCAGAGUUCCACACUUCUGCUAACAUUUGUCCCUCUGCUGCCAGAUCUGCACACUCAUGGUAAAAUAAGAUGGCAUACAUCUUGUCAAAUUCCACUGUCCUGCUAUGCAACAAGAGAUGUUGGCUCAAAUUAUAUUUUUAGUUGACUAAUUUUAAUCAAAUACAUUGGCAUAUACAAAUACUAUUGAUUUUUAUUAGAAGUUUUUACAAUAAAAGAAUACAUUACUUGGUAGAGAUAUUAAAUAAAACAUCAAUAUCUCUUCCUCUGCAAUAAAUCAAGGCUGUAACCCAAAGGGACCACCUGUACAAUUACAACAUUUCCCACAUUUUCACUACUCUCGGGCUCCAUAUCUUAAACAUUUGAAUUGAGAAAAGCCCACUUAAAUUAUUAA